AUCCUUGGCAUUUACCCAUAUUCGGCAAAUGACAUUUUGCUGCCAGAUUAAAAGAUAGGAUCUUCUGCAUACCUUGGGCACUUGAAUUCGCGUUGCUGGCAUCGCCCCAUCAUCAUGGCCAAAGGAAACCCCCCGUCCACGAAAGUGGCCAGAACUCAAGCUCUGGACGACCUGAUAAUGGGAACAAAUAGCAGUAGCAUCGUUUCCAAGCGGAGCGUAGAAAGGCUCUACUACCCAGAUGAACUGCACUUUUUCCGCUACUUCGUGAACAAGUUCCAACGAAGAGCCCCUCUCAUCAACCGUGGUUACUGGCUAAGGCUCAGAGUCAUUGAUGUGAUCGUCCGCCAAUUCGUCACCUCGCCGAAGCCAGGGCGUAAGAAGGUGGUUAUCAACCUGGGAGCAGGAAGCGAUGUUCUUCCGUGGCAGUCGUACCAUCGCUAUGGUGACUCUUGCGAGAACACACUAUUUAUCGAUGUCGACUAUCCGGAUCUCAUGCUGAAGAAGCGGGCUAUUGUUCUCGGAACACCGCAGCUACAUGAGUUGCUGGGUGACAGUCCGGCCAUCAGCGAAAAAGUCACGGAUCAGAUACUCCUCCGUAGCGACAAGUAUUGCCAGAUUGGCUGUGAUCUCAGGGAACUGGAGUCUCUUCGAAACUGCCUCGAGUCAUUCUUGAACUUGGCUGAAUGUUCUGUGUUGUUUGUUGCUGAAGUAUCCAUAACUUACAUGGACACAUUCUCGGCCGAUGCUCUGGUUCAAUGGGCUAGCUCUAUUGGACAAGCCGAGUUCUGUCUUCUGGAACAGAUUCUCCCCCAUGGGCCUGAACACCCCUUUGCUAGCACAAUGCUGAAGCAUUUUAAUAAACUCAAUACACCCCUAAAAUCGGUUGACGAGUAUCCAACCGUAGAAAGCCAGCGCCAUCGCUUUCAGGAACGGGGUUGGAGCAGCGUCGAUGUCUGGGACCUUUGGGACGCCUGGAAUAGCGAUUCGUUCCUUGACUCGACCGAGAGAGCUGCCCUUGAUAACGUUGAACCUUUCGAUGAAUGGGAGGAGUUUAUCCUCUUUUCAAGACACUAUGUCGUGCUCCAUGCUACGGCUUAUCAUAGAGAUGAAAGAGGUGCGGGCCAACGUGGUCAAGUUGGUGUUUCCAACAAGCAUGUCAAAGCAAAUGUGACCUCGUUAGGCUCGUUGGGUGCUCCCAAACGUCGGUUUGGUGCACCACUGAUAGCUUCCAGUCCAGAGGGAGACAAAUAUCUUAUUAACGCUUUGGGGAUGGGUAUUAAAGCAAGACUCGAUUCCUGCGAUAUCUAUUCCCUUCAACAGGACAGUAUGGCCCUGGAAAUAUCACCUGCCGGACCAACUGCAAGACUCUGUCAUGCAACUGUCGACAUUGGACAUCUUGGCACUUUACUUGUUGGAGGUCGGGCUUCUCCAUCAAAGGCUCUCAAUGACUGUUGGAUCUUCAAGAAGGACUCCAACCGUUGGGAAAAGACGUUCGAUCUCCCUGCACCACUGUUCCGGCACUGCGCUGUUUACUUACCAGGCUCAUCUCUUGCACUUGUUCUUGGUGGUAAGACAGGACCUUCCGAGAUUUCGCCAAAUUAUUAUGUGUUCCACCCUGUCAAAGGGUGGCUCAAAUGUUCAGUGACCGGCGCCAUACCCAGCUCUACUUUUGGAACAAUUGCCGUUGCUUCACCAAAUCCCGGAAGCAAGUAUGGCACUUUCCAGGGACUGAUGGCAGGUGGAAUAAGUAAAUAUGGUAAAAUCAACGAGCAGGCUUAUUUCUGGACUAUCAAUGUCUCAACCGAUGUGCCACGCAUUCACUUUGAAAUAGUCCCUGACUCUCAUGGGUAUACAAGGGCACUUUCAGUCUUUGGUGCCCAAACAGCAGACGUGGAGUCCUUGCACUUCGUAUGCGGUGGUGUGGGACAAUAUCCAUCCUCACAAGGCCAAUCUAUGGCUUGCAUUUCGGUCAAAGAUGGGCACUUGGAAGUAUUCAACGUCGACUUGAGAAAUGAGGUCGGGCAAUUGCCUUUCAUGGUUGGCUCUGCGACUGUUUCUUCAGGCUCUGAGCUUGUUGUUUUGGGUGGAGGAGCUACCUGUUUCUCCAUGGGAACAUUCUGGGAUACCGGCGUCUACAAGGUUGAUCUCACGAAUGCUAUCUCGGAAAUGCCAUAUAUCCAGCCGGCGAACUGUAACCCAGUCUCAAUCAACUACCAGGAUUCGCCUAAACUUACACAUCAAACAACCACCAUUGAACGGCACCAGCCUACUCUCAAACCCUCGAUCAAGUCGAUUGCAAGAAUCAAGCUACAAUCGAAAUUGGACUUUGAACAACUGGUCGAGAACAGAAAGCCAGUCAUUAUUGAAAGCUUAGACCUGGGUAGCUGCGUGGAUAAAUGGAGCCCCGAGUACAUGGUCCAGCGCGUAGGCCAGACGAAAGAGAUUGUUGUACAUGAAUGCCAAAGCUCAACAGGCAAGAUGGAUUUCAAUUCCAAGAACUUUCGUUAUGUUACCGAACCAUUCUCGUCGUUCAUGGCCAAAGCCGCUAGAGGUGAAGCGGUGUAUUUACGAGCUCUCUCGGAAGCAAAGCCUACGGAGUCCCCAGCCAAUCUUCAAGACGACUUCCCAACUCUUGCCGAUGACUUUCAGUUGCCAGAAGAACUUAGUUUGAUCAAGGAUCGGAUGUUCAGUUCCGUGCUGAGGAUAUCCGGCCGAGCAAAGAUGUGGCUACACUACGACGUCAUGGCAAACGUCUAUACUCAGAUCCAAGGAUCAAAGCGUAUGGUUCUCAUGCCGCCAACGGACGUUAACAACCUGGCAUUUGCGCCGGGUGCCUCAAGCUCAAGUCUUGAUGUUUUGUCAGCCCUAGACAAGCAGGAGUUUGUGUCGACCAAUCCGUACGAAGCCAUUCUUAACCCGGGUGAUCUCCUGUUUAUUCCAGCGAUGUGGCUUCAUACCGCUAGCCCAACCACUGAUCUCAGCGUUGCGGUCAAUGUUUUCUUUCGUGACCUGGACAGCGGUUAUUCAACAGGCCGAGAUGUGUAUGGUAACCGGGAUCUGGCAGCGUAUGAGAAGGCACGGCAAGACAUCAGCCGGAUUGUAAAGAUCUUUGACCGUCUGCCAUCUGAAAUCCGCGAUUUCUACCUAACAAGACUCGCCGACGAGCUGCUUCACAAACAGCACUGAUGAAGGAAACUGGCGGACGGACCCGAACGAUUGGAGGCGGGAGGUGAGAAGACUCUGUGAUUAAAGAUCACGCACGCCCUUGGCUCCAUGCGCUACGUUUCACCCCAUCGGCGAAUCUACGAGGACCCUGCUCGGGCUUUCUUUAAGCUCGAGAGAACGCUGCGGGUGAACUCAACGUUUACCGUUAAGAUGAAUUUUGAUCCAAUGAGACGGAUUCUCUAUGGCUAAAGGAAAUCGGCCAGUGGGGCUAAGGUUGACUUUUAAUGGUUGAAUAUACCGCGCACACACACACACACACACAAACACACACACACA